AUGAUCGGUAUUGCCGCACGUUCCGGCAUCGCGUUAGGAAUCAAUCUCCACAAAAAGAACGGCGGGCUAGACGCAAAGUCCGGCGAAGCUCGGUCAAACUUAUGGUGGGCGGUUGUUCGCUUAGAACAUCUUCUCUCUGUUAUGACUGGGCGAGUUUCCUGUCUUGGGGAUGCUUCUAGCUCUGCGCCUCCGCCACACCCCGUGCCAAGUCUGGCUUAUACAGGCUCUUCUUAUAAUAAUGAGCCAAUCAAUAAGCCGUCAGUACGGAUUAAUGGCCUACUAUGGACUCUAUACCUAAAUCGAGAGCAGGCGGAGUCUCAACGAAUUCUGUUGAAGUCCAUUACGCCAAGUUCAUCUCUUUACUUUUUCUACAUGGUAGACCUGUCCCUGAUCGCCCAUGCCAUCACGAAUGGAGUAUAUGCGAUGGAUGUCCCUCAUACGGGUUGGGAUCGCGUCAAAGGCCGCAUAUCUCUUUACAGCAAGAAAAUGGACUGGUGGGCGUCAAGUUUACACUCUUCCUUUAACUUCCAAGACAGUGAGCCAGAUCAACUACGGGGAAAUAAGUCUUCCUUCAAGGUUUCACUCGCAUUGAAUUACUACAGCGCCCAGAUUGUACUCAAUCGGCCCUGUCUCAACCGACCCGCUUUUGGGAAGAAAAGCGGCACACGGCUUUCUCGUUCACGAUUUAGCAACGUUUCCGCCUUAGCAUGUCUUCGGGCUUCUCUAGCUGUCAUGGGGCUUCUACCAGAUCAGCCGAGUCUGACUUGGUACUAUGAAACUCUACAGUGGUGGGAUUUUCUACAUAUCCUUACCCAGGCGACUGUUAUUCUAUUACUCGAUAUCUCAAUUGGCCCAGUGCCAACGAAGCCAGAGGAAGCUACUGUUCCCGUUGAAUCAACCGACAAGAUCUUUAACGGAGUGAAAAAGGGGCUUUCUUGGCUGCAUUGCCUGGGAAGGACUUCGGAGGCAGCUCAGCGUGCUUUCGAAUUUUGCAACAGCUGCAUUCGCCGCAUGGCCACUACUAGAGGUCUCGAUCUGAGAGAUAUACCCUCACUGACCUAUUGA